ACUGUGUCAUUGUCGCCUUAUCUUUUGGGUGGCAUUUAUAAUGUAUUCGCCGAAUAUAUUUGUCUCAGUAGCGUUUUUCUCUUUCACUUAUGACUGUGUCCCACUUUUAUCGGACUAUUUCAAUUGUUGAGAGUGGCUAUCUGGUGUUAUCUAGUGCAAACAAGGGUGGGAUAGAACCUUUUUACGUUUAGUAUAAACCACACGCGUUCAGUGAAAACAGGAUGGGAAAUUCUAAGAGCAGAAAAGUGAAAAUAAGUCAGGAGGAACCUUCUAAAGGCACCGAGGAGACAAAGGGACGAAUAAAUUAUAUAAAAAGUGAGACAGCCGUCACAACAGUGUCUAAGCAAGAUGUCGCUGACUUAGACCUUAAAGACAAUGCAAGCAGUGCAUCGACUGUGGAAGUGCUAGAUGACAAGUGACACCAGUGACAUUUGUAGACACUCCAAAAUCAUCGAAAUAAUAAUUUGCUAAGCUUGAGGAUCUAAUUACGCAACGCGGCAGCUCGUUCUAAAAACAGCAAAAUUCCGGCGCAACCAAUAAAACUGUACUACCUGCCGCCCUCGCCACCCUGCAGGUCGGUCAUGAUGCUGGCCAGGGUGCUGGGCUUGGAGCUCGAUCUUGUGCUUACUAACAUCAUGGAGGGCGCGCAUAUGACUCCAGAGUAUCUGAAGAUGAAUCCUCAGCACACGAUACCAACUAUGGACGACAAUGGAUUCAUUCUCUGGGAGAGUCGUGCGAUAAUGGCGUACCUCGUGAACGCCUAUGGACGUGAUGACAGCCUGUACCCUCGCAAUCCGCGUCAAAGGGCCAUAAUUGAUCAACGCCUCAACUUCGACGUGGGUACCUUGUCUCCUGUAUACCUCAAUCUCUAUCGCCCGGUGCUCUUUCAAGGCGAAGAAAUGAACGAAGAAAACGUAAAGAAAAUGAACGAGAUCUUAGGCUACCUGGAAGGCAUGCUGGAAGGGAAACCGUUCCUCGCUGGAGACAACCUUACUAUCGCCGACAUUUCGAUUAUUGUCACCGUCACUAAUCUUGAUGCUUUUGGCUUCGAUUUGAGUCCCUACGAGAAUGUGAUGAAAUGGUUCGAACGCACCAAGAAAGAGCUGGAACCAUACGGCUACACAGAGAUAGACCAUGCCGGAGGACAGAUCUUAGCUUCUUUUCUAAAGAAAGAAUAAAUGAUAUAUAAGUUCUUUGUAGCAACAAACACACCA